GAAAGCAAAUUGCAGUUUUCUUCUUCUUUUCUUAUUUUUGUGGCUUCUUUGCUUGCAAUCUCGGUUCAGUUUCUCGCAUUUUAAAGAAAAAUGUUUAUUGAGAAGUUUAAGGUCGAGAGUCCUAAUGUUAAGUACACGGAUGAUGAGAUUCACUCUGUGUAUAACUAUGAAACCACUGAGCUGGUUUAUGAGAACAGAAAUGGUACCUAUCAAUGGAUUGUCAAGCCCAAAUCUGUCAAAUACGAAUUUAGGACUGAUAUCCAUGUACCUAAAUUAGGGGUUAUGCUUGUUGGAUGGGGAGGAAACAACGGUUCUACUCUCACCGCUGGGGUUAUAGCGAACAGAGAAGGAAUCUCAUGGGCAACCAAAGACAAAGUGCAACAGGCCAAUUACUUUGGUUCACUUACUCAAGCAUCAUCAAUUAGAGUUGGGUCUUUCAAUGGCGAGGAGAUUUAUGCUCCUUUCAAGAGCCUCCUUCCCAUGGUGAACCCAGAUGAUAUUGUGUUUGGGGGAUGGGACAUAAGCGACAUGAAUUUGGCAGAUGCUAUGGCCAGGGCUAAAGUCCUGGACAUUGAUCUUCAAAAGCAAUUGAGGCCCUACAUGGAAUCUAUGGUCCCACUCCCUGGAAUCUAUGACCCUGAUUUCAUUGCUGCUAACCAAGGCUCACGUGCCAACAACGUGAUUAAAGGCACCAAGAAAGAGCAAGUUGAGCAAAUUGUCAAGGACAUUAGGGAGUUUAAGGAAAAAAACAAUGUGGACAAGGUGGUAGUGUUGUGGACAGCCAACACAGAGAGGUACAGUAAUGUUCUUGUAGGGCUAAAUGACACUGUGGAGAGUCUGUUGGCUUCUUUGGAGAGAAAUGAAGAUGAAAUAUCUCCAUCAACCCUGUAUGCUUUGGCCUGUGUUUUUGAAAAUGUCCCUUUCAUUAAUGGAAGCCCACAAAACACUUUUGUUCCAGGACUUAUUGAUUUGGCUAUUCAGAGAAACUGUUUGAUUGGUGGAGAUGACUUCAAGAGUGGUCAGACCAAGAUGAAAUCUGUUCUGGUUGAUUUCCUUGUUGGGGCUGGUAUUAAGCCAACAUCAAUAGUGAGUUACAACCAUCUGGGAAACAAUGACGGAAUGAAUCUCUCAGCACCACAAACUUUCCGUUCAAAGGAAAUCUCCAAAAGCAAUGUUGUUGAUGACAUGGUAUCUAGUAAUGGCAUCUUGUAUGAACCUGGUGAACAUCCUGACCAUGUUGUGGUCAUUAAGUAUGUGCCAUAUGUGGGGGAUAGUAAGAGAGCUAUGGAUGAGUAUACUUCAGAGAUUUUCAUGGGUGGCAAAAACACCAUAGUCCUGCACAACACAUGUGAGGACUCUCUUUUGGCUGCACCAAUCAUCCUGGAUUUGGUCCUUCUUGCUGAGCUGAGCACCAGGAUCCAGCUUAAAGCUGAAGGGGAGGGUAAGUUCCAUUCCUUCCACCCUGUGGCUACCAUUCUCAGUUACCUCACCAAGGCUCCUCUUGUUCCACCAGGCACCCCAGUGGUGAAUGCACUGUCAAAGCAGCGAGCAAUGCUUGAGAACAUACUGAGGGCUUGUGUUGGGCUGGCUCCAGAGAAUAACAUGAUCUUGGAGUACAAAUGAGAGAGAAGAGGCCAUACUAGGAAGACAAGAAAAAUAGUGGAAGAAGAUCGGUCCAGUCCAGUAGCUAUAAGAACCCCUUUCACUAGUUUCUGUGGUUAAUAUCCUUGAUAUGUAUGUGAAGUUCGUGUGAUAUUUGCCCUCGAUUUAUGGAUUUUGUGUUCUUUCUUUUCUUUUCUUUUAUUUUUAUUUUUCCUUAGGACGGUGCUUAUGUACAAGCCCGUUUGCUUUGGCUCUCCUUAUUCACCAAGCUUCUCUUUUAA